UGACGGCAAACAGUGGUCCAUGUGUUUUUUUUUUAGUGUGUUCAGUUUGUGCACUUAAUUUAUAAAAUGCGUAAUACAAACUAGCAUUGUUAGUGAAAUGUUUUGUGUCCUGAAGCUGAUUUUUACUUUUUGUUAUGUUUUUAAUUCUGCUUUAACCCGGAAAUCACGUUAGCAGGUCUACCGUAUGUAAACAAUUUAUUUGGCGUAUUUGAUCAUUUCCUGUGAACCACGAAGGUCUACAAGAGCUAUCAUGGACUGUAAUAUGCAGCGGAUAUGCAGUCCAGAUCUCAAGUCUAUCCAUUUGAACAUACGUUGCAAACGUACACACGAAAGAUGACUGAUGUUUCUUCUGGAUGCAGAUCUUCAUGUUCUCUUGAUCACAUUAUGGAUGCUUCAAGUUUGGAUUUCCACAACAUUUUCCUAUCGUUAUAUUCAGGAACACUUCCCAGCCUGAGCAGUAAAGACUUGGCCAGCAAAAUAGCAUCGUGUCUUACAUCGCAAACAGCUGGAUCUGUCAGUCAUACAGACGUUAUGUGCUUGUGUUUGACUCUUACUGAAAACAUCAUUACCAGACUGUCAUCACCGAGUCUGCCACAAGAUGUCAGAAUAUGCUAUGAAGACGUUAUGAGAAGUCUGUGUGAAAUGAAUCUGAUGGCAAAGCUGGUUUCCCUCCUUGACUGUCAGGACCAACUGGUGUCUCAUUUGUCUACAAAGUGCAUGUCAGCUUGUGUCAUCAAUGACAUUUCCAUGACUGGAAGUAGCAGCUCACUUUGGAGAGACACUUGUGCUAAAGUGUUUUAUAAAUCAACUCCCAGCGGUGAACUGGAUUGCUGUCUGUGGUCUCUCACUUGUGUGAUUAAAGGAGUGCUGAGGGGAGACUGCAGAAACAAAAACGAUGUUUUGACAAAGCUUCUUGGAGCGAUGGAUCCAUCCCUCACUUGCUUGUACGCCAGCCUUCUUCCUCAACACACACUGGAACCUCGCAAAACUGAAGUGAUGAAACAUUGCAGAACUUUGUGCACUUUCUUUGACCUUCUCGAAGUCCUCAGCGCUGCUCGGCUGAGAUGCGGGGUCUGUUCAUCUGUACAAAGAAUCGUAUUCACUGAGUCCCGAGCUCUUCUGCAUGUCGUGAGAACCGACGUGGAGUAUUUUGUAAAUAAAAGAGCGUUACUUCUUCUGAAGAGAAAUCUUCUGCGGAGAGCUGGAGAGGACUGGGCGUUGGGUGACGUGCAGUCUGGGUCACAUAUGGAUGAAGGGCUGAAUGAAGACCUGUUGGCGGUGGCAGAUGCCGUGUUAAAUGAAGUGAAGGCCGGUUGGCUCCAGGAAGUGUCUGUGAAAGCUCAGCCCAGUUUCUUUGGUGGGAACUUUGAUGUUCAUCUUGGAGGAACUUGGAGAGAUGAUGUGAUGUUAAGAGCUUUGAGUCUAAUUCUGCUGAAGUCGCUAGAAAUAAACAUUCAGUCCACAUGUGGGAAAGGAGCUCAAAAUAACAUUGACGUCCAGCAGUAUCUAACAGAGCUCAUGUCGUUCCUGCGGCGUCACGCGACCCAUCUGUCUACUGAAGCUCACAACUGUUGCUGGGUGACUUCAGUGUUUGCUGAACAGGAUGAUGACAUGAUCGAAUCAGCCAAAGCUCUCAUUGCCUUGUACUUGUAUCAGAAAAGUUUGAAUUUCUCAGUUCCUGUUUGCCUUUGGGGCUGUAACCCCCACUGUCAUUUCAUUAUCUUGCUCCAGUCCCUCUCCUUCGACCACACCGUGCUACUCGAUUUCCUCAUUUCCACCGAAACCUGUUUCUUGGAGUAUUGCGUCCGCUACUUGAAGCUCCUCCGUGAGGACUGGACGGGGUUUUGUAGGUCUUGUCGUCAUGUUGAAGAUUCUGAUGGGAACCUCGGUGUACCUAGAAAACUGACAGCUAAUCUCAUGGAUAGAGAAACACCAGAAUCGUCUCAGAUGUAUGUAGUUUCCUGCGCAACAGGAAGUGAUGUCAGAGCCGCCACAGUUCCACGACUGGUUGAUUAUGGAAGCUCAGAUGAAUCUGAGGAGGCAGAAGAGAGCAGUUCUGACCUCCACACGAAUGCAGUUGAUUUUUGUAGGAUGGAGGUAAAAGGAUCUUUGUACCCAUCCGUAACCACGAUGGAACAAGAUUGUGUAUCUGAAUGUCUGUUUGAUAAAGUGCUGGCGUGUCUUGAGGAGUUGAAGGUGGCAAUAACACGACUGCAUAACAAGGGGCUCUUUCCCUACAACCCUACCUCACUUUUAAAACUGUUAAACAAUCUUCAACCCAAAAAGAACUGGGUAAGUCAACCAAGACUCAAAGCUGUCUAACAAGGAUUAUUAUAACCAGAAACACAAGAUUCUGCACCCACAAAAGCUCCAGAUCUUUACAGAUACGUACCAGUUUCCCAUGUCUUGACAGGACAUUAAUGGGGAUAAUCCUCCCUGGAGCAACCUGUGGUUAUGCAUCUUAAGCCUGCUGAAAGGCUUCAUUUCAUAACGAUUUUAUUUUUUUUCCAUCUUUAGAGAUCAAAAACACUUGAUGUAUUAUAAACAUAUUGUUUCAUUAAAAAUAACUUUAAAUAAAGUGACCAAAGUCACAUAGUCAUUGUGUAGAGACCCUGUUUGCAAUUAAUUAAAGCAAAUUGUAUCAUUUGACUCUUUAAGGAUAUAAUAUUGGUUUGCCCCAAUAUUUAAAGACUACUUAUUUACGUAAUAUGUACAGUGUCAGAAAAAAAUGGUCCAGAAAGGUCCCCUAGAUGGGGUAGUAGUAGUAAUACCUUUUAAAAGCUUGUAAUAUGUAAAAUUUAGGUGCAAAUAUAAGGCUGUUUACACUUGGCAUUAACAUGCGUUUUCGUCGAUCGGAUCACAAGUGGACGACGUUAAUGCCAGGUGUAAACGGUGUUCAAAACGUUUUGAACCAUCCACUUUCGACCACUUUUAAUCACAUCCAGAGGUAGUCGAAAACACUGUCGAUCGGAUCGCUUUGGAGUUGCGGAACGCAAAUGUGGUUGAAUGUGUUCGAACAGCCACACGCGACCGCCUUCUCUCCGCCCAUUUAUCUCAUCUGAGGUAUUAAACACAAGUUUUACGUAUUUUUUUGACUUCUGGCUUGAACAUGCGGUGAACAGCGCUAUUUUUAGCCUUUCAUUGAUAAAACUACUGCGGGUGUUCUCCGUAGUUUCGUUUUGAAAGCGUGAAAGUUGCGCGAUCCUAUUUCAUCAAUUGCGCUGAAAAUUCAGAGAAAGCUCCAACAUAUUAACGUACAAAACACUGUGCAGCAUGUAUACUUGCUAAACAAGCACGGACCGUCCCCUCACAGUAUUCAGGACAGAAGCGGUCGAAAGUGGACAAAAGAGACGGAUUUAAAUACCAGGUGUAAACAUAAUGUGUCUCUCUCGUCCACUUGUGAUCCGAUCGAUGAAAACACAUCUUAAUACCAAGUGUAAACAGCCACUAUGUAUACAUUUGGUACCAUUAUGUCCUUUUGAGGUACUAAUAUGACAGGGUUCCCACGGGUCACAGAAUUGAUGGAAUAUCAUGGAAUUUCAGUCUUUCAGACAUUGAAAGUCGAGGAAUUUUUAAAAAAAAAUUCAUGAAAUAUUAGGGAUUUUGUCACUUUAUAAUCUUGUAAAUAAAGUUUGACAUAAGGAAUGCUGUUUCCGUGUCCAAGCCUCUGAUUUUAAGUGAGACUAGAUUCUUAACCGAUGUUUAUUGGCAUUGUUUAUUCACGGUGUUAACUCACGGUGUACACUAUUUUAUCAGGCUUACGGCAUCUCAUAUACGUCAUGAAAAAUCUGCUUCUUAGUCAGGAAAAGUCGGUGAAAAGUUAAGGAAUUUGACAUUUGGCUUAGAGUGGGAACCCUGAUUUGAACUCUUUAGGGGCAAAGGUGUACUUUUUGAAAGGGUAACGCCCCAAUGACUACACAUUCAUGUGAAAUUGCCAGCACGUAAAACAGGUAAAUUUUUUGUGAGAUCAGGUUGGGUAUUCAAUGUAAUUGGUUGAUUCUAGCCUAAAGAGCUUUAUAUAUGAAGAGUUUGGUUUCAAAACGCAAUAAGUCUUUUUUGACUAAUUUCGGUAAAAACCUGUUUUCUAUACCAAAAAAGUAACAAGAUGAAAACCACUAUUUUCUGUUACAAACUUUCACAUAGCAUCUUUAGGUUAUAAUAACAUAAAAAAAAUUCAAAUCGAUAAUAAAAUUUUCAAAGAUUUAUUAUAAAAACUUUUUUUAAAAACUUUUUUUUUUUUCGAAAAUACUAUAAAUCUAUUUAAUCAAUAUAUAAAUGUGCAUUCAUCUUUGUCAUGUUAUAUACAUUUAGUUGACUAGUGGUAUACACUGAUUAAAAAAAUAAACAUUAAUGGCAUUAAUCAAAACACUUUGUCAUAUUAAGAACACUGUCAUGGCUGCGGUUAUACAUUGGACGUCGUCUGUGAACUUUUUUCACAGCGAUCAUUUGUAAAAUGUUUAGGUCCUGCUCGAUUUUUGUUGGCUUCACGUAAAAUAAUGGAAAGUUUUUCAUGAGAUCCCCUGGGGUCAAUGUGUAAGCAUGAGAGAAGCUUGAUGCUGUCGGGAGAACAAGCAACCGGCAUUUUUCCUUCGCUCGAGUGCCUCUCGCGUAAAUUAUUAGAUGUUGAUGGCUUACGUUUCUUUCUGAUCACAGAAAACCACCACAGGUUUAUCAAUGCCAUCAAAGUAUUAUUUAGUUUAUUUGUUUGUUGAUCAUGAAGUACAAGAUGAGGAAAACUAGGAUUCCGUGUGUAUUUCGCGCCGCCAUAGUUGUUUACAGUGCAUGAAAUGGUGCGCUGUAAUUUGUGGAGCGGAUUUAUUGCAUUCUGCAGAAAAGGAGGAGUGGCGUUUAUUGCGUUUUGGGAAAAAAGGGAGAAAAGAUGACAGAAUAACGCAGCGGAUAUUGGAUUUUGCGUGAAAUUAAGAAUUUACUUUUUAAUACUGACCUGAUACAGUACUGCAGUAACUGAUUUUUUUAUAAAUGGCGUUUAUUGGGUUUUGGUACCAAACCAAAGAGUAUAGCACAAGAGGGGAAACUCUCAUUCGUUUUUGGCAACAGUCACUAGGUGGCGCUUCAGUAGCGCGGCCGCCAUUUUGGAAUGAAAAUUCUCACAGCCAAUUCAUUCUCAAUUCAUUCUCAGCGAAUCUCACAGCCAAAUCAGAAGCGCAAUAGUAAGUUUCUUAAAUUAAAUUUUUUUUUCACUUGCUACACCUACACGAAACUCUGUAUUGUCUUGUAUGUAUGUGUUGAUUUGUUGUUGUUAUCAGUUGUGGAAUCCAAUCAUUAAAUAUAUACACAUUUGAGGUAGUUUUUUUCUUGCU